AUGGGCCGACGGCAUAUUGUAGCAGAUGAGCUGCAGCUCUCACUCAACAUUAUCAUGGCGGUUCAAGAACCGAGCUGCCGUAGAAGUAAAGUUGUAGGAUUUGGACUCACAUCGAGAGUUAUUGCUCUAGGGAGUAGAGAAAGGAGGCCUAGAGCUGUAAUAAUAAUUGCUAACCCAAAUCUCCAUAACUUUUUCAAUGGUAAACCUCUCAAUUUAUCAAACAACCCGGAUGAGGCAGUUGCUUAUGGGGCUGCCGUCCAAGCAGCUAUCCUCAGCGGAGAUCAGAGCUCUCAGAUCCAAGACGUGCUCCUGGUCGAUGUGGCACCACUCUCCCUGGGCAUCGAAACUGCCGGUGGAGUCAUGACGAAGAUAAUAGAGAGAAACAGCAGGAUCCCUUGCAAGCAGGCUCAGACGUUCACCACGUAUUCCGACAAUCAACCCGCAGUCACCAUUCAAGUUUUUGAAGGCGAGAGGGCCAUGACCAAGGACAACAAUCUCCUGGGUACAUUCGACCUGACAGGUAUCCCUCCCGCACCCCGUGGAGUUCCCAAGAUCGAAGUCACAUUUGACCUGGACGCGAAUGGUAUCCUCAAUGUCUCGGCCAAGGAGAACAGCACUGGAAAGUCAAAGAACAUAAGGAUAGAGAACAACAAAGGCCGACUCUCUAAAGAGGAAAUAGAGAGGAUGGUCAACGAGGCCGAAAGGUACAAAGCAGAAGAUGACGUUCAGAGGGAGAGGAUAGCUGCCAGGAACCAAUUGGAGAGCUAUGUCUUCUCUGUGAGGCAGGCGGCCGACGAGGCCGGAGAUAAACUGAGCGAAGAGGACAAGAGCAAAGUAAGGGCCAGGUGUGAGGAAACCAUGAGGUGGCUCGACAACAACAGCCUCGCCGAUAAGGAGGAGUACGAGCAUAAGCUGCAAGAGCUUCAGAAGGAGUGUCACGGAAAAGUGGAGAUCAUCGCCAACGACCAAGGCAACAGGACGACACCGAGCUAUGUCGCCUUUACGGACACUGAGCGACUCAUCGGAGACCCGGCAAAAAAUCAGGUAGCCAUGAACCCACAGAACACAGUUUUCGAUGCUAAGAGAUUGAUCGGCAGGAAAUACGACGAUCCCAAAAUUCAAGAAGAUUUAAAACUGUGGCCUUUUAAGGUUGUCAACGAUAGUUCCAAACCCAAAAUCCAGGUAGAAUACAAAGGCGAAACGAAACGUUUCGCUCCGGAAGAGAUAAGUUCUAUGGUCCUUACCAAGAUGAAGGAGACUGCCGAAUCAUACCUGGGAAGCAAAGUGAAAGACGCAGUUAUCACAGUUCCAGCCUACUUCAACGACUCUCAGAGGCAGGCUACCAAGGACGCAGGGGCCAUAGCCGGUUUGAACGUCCUGAGGAUUAUAAACGAGCCUACAGCUGCCGCCCUCGCCUAUGGAUUGGACAAGAAUCUGAAGGGUGAGAGGAAUGUUUUGAUCUUCGACCUUGGAGGUGGCACUUUUGAUGUCUCAGUUCUCACAAUAGACGAGGGCUCCCUGUUCGAAGUCAAGUCCACCGCUGGGGACACUCAUCUGGGAGGAGAAGACUUUGACAAUAGGCUAGUAAAUCAUUUGGCAGAAGAGUUCAAGAGAAAGUACAGGAAAGAUGUGAAGAGCAGUCCAAGAGCAUUGAGGAGGUUGAGGACGGCUGCGGAAAGGGCCAAGAGAACUCUCUCUUCUAGCACUGAAGCCAACAUCGAAAUAGAUGCCCUGUACGAAGGCAUAGACUUUUACACCAGAUUGACGAGGGCGAGGUUUGAAGAGCUCUGCGCUGAUCUCUUCAGGUCAACAUUACAACCUGUAGAGAAGGCCCUGCAAGAUGCCAAGCUGGACAAAGGAUCCAUCCAUGACGUUGUACUAGUAGGAGGGUCAACACGCAUCCCAAAGAUACAGAACCUCCUCCAGAACUUUUUCAAUGGUAAACCUCUCAAUUUAUCAAUCAACCCGGAUGAGGCAGUUGCUUAUGGGGCUGCCGUCCAAGCAGCUAUCCUCAGCGGAGAUCAGAGCUCUCAGAUCCAAGACGUGCUCCUGGUCGAUGUGGCACCACUCUCCCUGGGCAUCGAAACUGCCGGUGGAGUCAUGACGAAGAUAAUAGAGAGAAACAGCAGGAUCCCUUGCAAGCAGGCUCAGACGUUCACCACGUAUUCCGACAAUCAACCCGCAGUCACCAUUCAAGUUUUUGAAGGCGAGAGGGCCAUGACCAAGGACAACAAUCUCCUGGGUACAUUCGACCUGACAGGUAUCCCUCCCGCACCCCGUGGAGUUCCCAAGAUCGAAGUCACAUUUGACCUGGACGCGAAUGGUAUCCUCAAUGUCUCGGCCAAGGAGAACAGCACUGGAAAGUCAAAGAACAUAAGGAUAGAGAACAACAAAGGCCGACUCUCUAAAGAGGAAAUAGAGAGGAUGGUCAACGAGGCCGAAAGGUACAAAGCAGAAGAUGACGUUCAGAGGGAGAGGAUAGCUGCCAGGAACCAAUUGGAGAGCUAUGUCUUCUCUGUGAGGCAGGCGGCCGACGAGGCCGGAGAUAAACUGAGCGAAGAGGACAAGAGCAAAGUAAGGGCCAGGUGUGAGGAAACCAUGAGGUGGCUCGACAACAACAGCCUCGCCGAUAAGGAGGAGUACGAGCAUAAGCUGCAAGAGCUUCAGAAGGAGUGUGCUCUUCUUGUGGUCAACAGGCUGGGAACAACUUUCAUCGAGGCCCUACCGUUGAAGAAGUCGACUAAGAAAAAUACCUACAUCAAAUUUUAA